AUGAAGAAACCAAGUUCUGUCUUCCUUUUGGUUGUAACAACAAUCCUCUGUGUCUCACUCGUUUCUUCUGAAAUGAAGUUGGUUUUGGAGGAUUACGGUAUUACGGUGGAUCCAACUCCGACAAGGAAGACAUCGAACCCAGGUACUAUUGAGCAUGGAAGCCCUCUUGGUCCUUAUAUCCCUGACCCUCCUCCUCCUUCUUCUCCUCCUCCCCAACUCCCACCUCAAGAACGUGGAUAA